AUGCCCGCCCCGCCUGGGCCGCCCGCCUCCCACCGCGAGGCGGCUCCUCGGACCGUGGGCCCGGGCGAGAAGGCCCUUCGCCGGCUCCGGGCGUGCGCUCUGCUGCGGCAGGGGGCUGGCCCGGGCGCACUGGACCGUGGACGCUGCGACCGGAAGGGCCGCUACCGGAAGGGGGCCCGCCGCGGCGCGGACGGCCGCGAAGCGACCAGCCGCGGCGAGGGGGAGUUGGCGAAGUAUAUAGUGGAGGAGAUUCGUGACCACAUCGACCAGACUGAGAAGGGCGGCGCCGAGAACGCCGGCGCCGUGCUCGAGUGCCCUAUCUGCGGGAGAAUUCUUUCGAGGCCGCAGAGGGCGCGGGAGCAUGCGAAGAGCCAUCUGGAGGGCAAGUUCGCGUGCAUCCACAAGACGCUCCUGACCGAUGUGCAGAUCUCGCACCCAGUGAUCGCGGCGGUGCAGCGCUCCCUGUACGACCACGACAUCCUCGCGGGUUGCCCGCGCAGCGGCUACGCGUCCCGCGCGAGGUCGCUCAUCCAGGGGUGGAUCGGCUUCACCGCGACACCCGGUGGGAGAGAUUCGCUCUACACCGCGACGGGCCACAAGCGCGACUGCGACCUGAGACUGGUCCUGACUGACACCGGCCCGCAAUAUUGGUUACAUUCCGACGAGAGGCUCCGCUUCGCUCGGAAGUUCGGCGGCCACUACUACACUAUGGCGUUCGGUAACAUGUACGCGCGCUUCUUGCUCGACGCAGGAGGGGUGCACGGCCGCGCUUUCCGCUCUCUCAAAGCGGCAUGGGCCCGCGGUGGCUGCGAGGUGGGAUCGCUCGCCAACCGGCACACUGGCACCAUGAUAGCGCUGAUGUUGGACAUUGCCGAGUCGAAAGCCUUCGAAGACUUUGUGGGCGCACAGGUUCUGAAAUGCGCUGACGUCGGCGGCCUCAGGUCCAUCUCUAUCGACGCGACGUACAAGGUCGCACUCAAGGUUUCCGGACAGACCCGCGCGCAGAAGCACAACGUGUUCAGCGUGAUCGGAUACCAUGGCGAAGUGUUGGGGCUCGCUCCCGGGCACGCAGAGCGCCCAGAGGCAUUCGCCGGCGCAGUGGAGCGCUCGGUGCCCCCCGAGCUCCGCUCGCGCGUCGAGCACGUGGCGAGCGACGUCGUCGGGCGCAAGGUUUGCGAGGAGAUGCAGAAGAUUCUCCCGAAUUUGCAGUGCGCAUCCCUUGACCCGUUGCACCUGGCGUUCUCCGUGGACGCCCACACCUCUAAGCGCCGCAUGCGACCGACCGCGGUCGGCCUCGUCAUGCGGGCUGUCUUGGGGAAGUUCCCCGUGGCCGACUACGCGCGGAGGCGCGAGCCGUUUCACUGGGGCACUGGCGCGGCCAGGGCAUCCGCUCAGGAGCAAGCGUUCAUCGAGCGCAUGCGGGGGGGCGACAUGGGGCACCGCCGAGCGAAGAGCAUCCUCAGCGACAUGGACCCUAACGCGCCGAUGCAGUCCAGGGAGCAGUUUGCCAUGUUGAUGGCGGCCAUCGCGCGCGUUUACCCGGAGCGGAUGGACGUGCAGUACGAUGAGGGCACACUCCGGGCGCAGUUCAUUGCGGCGUGCGCCCCCGAUCGAGCGGAAUUCUACAUGAACAACAUCCGCUACAGGGCGCGGCUCACGCCGAAGGAGAACAGCUCUCUCGGCGUUGGAACGACUCGCAACGAGCAGAUACACUCGUGCAUCAACGCAAAUUUCCGCCAGUUGACUCGCGUGGAUGCCAGGGCCAUGAAGGCCGAGCUCGCGCUGUGGGCGGGGUGCGAGACCACGCUGGCGUCGAGGGCUUUGGGCGGCAGGACGACCUCGAGGGUGCGGCGCGCCGAUAUGAAGGCGACCGUGGUCAACUCAGUCUCGCUGUUCGACGCUGAGAACUGGCCGGUGCACGUGGGCCUAGAUGAGACGGAGUACCAGGCUUCCGCCCCUCCUGUGGAGGGCGAUUUGCGCCCGCGCAGGCGCGGGCCGUCCCGCGUGCAAGAAACUAUCUUGCAGGCCAUUAGGGCGAAGGUGAACAAGUCGACCAGGAAGAAGCUGUUUGACCUCUCAACCAACAAGCGGCCCUCCCCGAAGGUGUCGGCGAGGCCGGGGAGCGCUGCCGACGAGGCCGCGGGCGGGUCCAGCAG